ACCAAACACAGACCUACUAAUCUAUUUGACAUGUUCAAUGGAGACACUCCAAGCACAGUUAUGUACGUUGUGCAGAUUAGGACGAUUACUGAUUUUCAAGCAAAUCUUUUUUUUUUUUUUUACUUUAACUUCCUACCUCUCCUUGAAGAGACUUUUUAAUAGCCAAAAUGCUUUGGGCUCUCACAGAACUGUUAUCUGAUGUGAUUAAGAGCAGUAUAUGGGUGGCAUGAGUAAUAGACUGACCUCACUCAGACAGAUCCCCAGACAACACCCAGCAUUACCUGCACUGGGCACAGCAUAAAGCUUCUCUCUUCACUGUUGAAACUUGUCAAGACAACACUGCCUGCAGGUAUGUCUGCCUUUUCCCAUGCCGACUUAUUAGCCACUGCUGAGCUUCAUGUGGCUUAUGCCGCCUUACAAUUAAUUAAAAAUAAGCAUUGAUCUUCUUCUCUGUUUUGUUAAGAAGCCCUGAAUGAAGCCAGCUUUUUUUUUAUUUUGUUGUUUAGUUAGCCUGUUAUAUUUUAUAUGUACUCUUGUUAUGGGCAGAGUCCAUAAGAGGAAGGACUUUACUUCUCUUUAAUCUCUGCUUCCAUGAAUUGUUCCUCACCUUUCUUUAUCAUUCUUGCCCUUUGAUAUCUGCUGGAGUUCUCUAUCUUCAGUGUGCUGGCUUCCUUUGCAACUUCAGAUUCUUACCGCAUGGAUUUGGUAACUUAUUCUAGAUCACUGGAUGCCUCAAAAAUAGCAUCAUGUUGCAAACAAUCAAAGACUGGCUGUGGUGGGAACGUCUGUGGCUUCCAGAGAAGGUCUCCUGGGCAGAUCUCCAAGACAAAGAAGAUCGUACUUAUGCCAAAGCCUCUCAACUUUAUGCAGCUGUGCCCUGUGCCCUCUGCCUACUAAUUGUUAGAUACCUCUUUGAAAGAUACUUGGCCACACCUCUGGCUAAUGCUCUGGGGAUCAGAGACAAGGUACGUCUCACAGCUGAGGAAAACCCAACCCUAGAGAAGUACUUCUACAGCCAAACCCGGAAUCCGUCACAGGCUGAUGUUCGGUCUCUGUGUAAGAAGACCGGCUGGCCAGAGAGGAGAGUAGAAGUGUGGUUCAGGAGGAAGAGGAAUCAGGAUCGACCUGGGCUUCGGAAGAGGUUCUGUGAAGCCAGUUGGAGAUGCGGCUUUUAUCUUUGUGCAUUCCUUGGAGGACUUUUAGCCCUUUACGAUAAACCUUGGUUUUAUGAUCUAAAAGAGGUUUGGGCAGAAUUUCCUAAACAGUCCAUGCUCCCGUCGCAGUACUGGUAUUAUACCUUGGAAUUGGGCUUCUACCUUUCUCUGCUCCUCAGCCUAACGUUUGAUGUGAAAAGGAAAGACUUUAAAGAGCAGGUGAUUCACCAUGUAGCCACAAUGACACUUCUGAGUUUCUCCUGGAUUUCUAACUACAUUCGUAUUGGAACUCUUGUGAUGGCUGUUCAUGACUCUUCAGACAUCCUGCUUGAGGGAGGAAAGUUGUUUAACUACGCCAAAUGGGAGCAGACUGCUAAUGUUAUGUUUGUGAUAUUUACAAUUGUCUUCAUGGUGACAAGACUUGUUAUUUUUCCUUUUUGGCUCAUCCACUGUACAUGGGUGUACCCAUUAGAGAGGUUUGACCCCUUCUUUGGCUACUAUUUCUUCAACAUCAUGUUAAUGGUUCUGCAAAUUCUACACGUCUACUGGGCUUUUCUAAUAACAAGAAUGGCUUACAAGUUUGUCUUCAGCAAGCAACUGGACGGCGAUGUUCGGAGCGAUGAAGAGGAGGACGACAGUGAUUCGCAAAAGAAUAUAAAACACAAAAUGAAUCAUAUUAAUGGUGCCAUGAAUGGUGCCAGAGAUCGAGCUAACGGUCACUGAUGUAUACAGAGAAAAGAGGAGCAUCAACCAUGACAGAUGGACACUUUCUACUUGGAGUGCUUCGGUUAAAAUCUUGAGAAUUCAACAAAGUGAUAUUGCAUUUGAAAGAACUGUGAAGGAACCUAAAUAGUGUAAUUUUCUUUUAGCCCUGAUUAAAACUUAGGAUUAGUUCUUUCAUGAGUUUACUUGUAUUUUAUAUGAGGGCACAAAUUGGCAUUAUAACAAAAACCCCAAGGCUGAUUUUGAGUCUUGAAGUCAUAUCUACCUGUCUAUGCUGUACCAGUUGAUCAAACUUUAUGUAUUUAUUACAUUUUAUGACCGUGUUUGUGUUUUUAGAACGCUGCAAAUCAGUAUUUAUUUUUGUCUUGUUAAUUGUUUGGAAGGUAGGCCAUGAAAGAUUGAUGUCCUGUGUAAUACCAGCACGCCCCCUAGCGACAGCUGGAGAGACGCGGUUAGAGCUCGUAUCUAGGGAAACCGUCUCUAUAGAAACCGCGUGUGGCUUAAAACUGUGGUUAUCGAAAUCUGUUAGCAUACUGGCUGGCGUGUUUGUGUGUGUGUGUUUGUUAACGUUUCAUAGCUGCUGUCAAAAUGACUUACCAGCGAAUGUAUCAGCCCAAGGUGAAAACCGGAAACUGGUUUGAAGACCUGGUCCUAAAGGAGGUUUGUUGAAAAGAAAAUGAGGACAUAUUAUCUGAGCUAGCCGUCACGUUGACAUAUUUUAGCUAAAUCAGUAAGGGUGUAGAAAUAUGAAAAUAAGAGUCUAGAAUUUAUCGGGAAACUAAAAGGGUUUUAAUUUAUUUCAUAUUUUUAUAUUUAGCGUUUUCAUUAAAAUUAACCGCAUAGCUAAAAUUUUUUCAAAGCUGCAUUUUAGAUGUACACAUUUAUGCAUCUAGUCGCCUAUGGUAAGCAAAAGAUAAGUAAAACAGUAGUUAAAACAAUGUCACUUGCAUUAAUUUGUGCAUGAUCAAAGUUUUUCCCAAAUUAGCCUUCUUCUUCUUCUUCUUCUUCUUAAUUCAGUUUGGUUUACCAAGUUGUGAAAAUGUUUCACUGAUACAAAUAUGAAGUGUACAUUUGUGUUCACCCUACUUUAAUUUUACACCCCAAAAUAAAAUCCAGUGCAUCAAAUUGC